AUGAACGAAAUAAUAGUGUUUGAUACUUAUCAUGGAAGAUCAGUUAAUGAUUGCGAAUUAGAUUAUUACAGUAAGAAGUUAGCAACAUGUUCAAGUGAUAAUACUGUAAAAAUAUUUGACUUAAGUCUUUCUAAGGAACCUGUAUGUAUAGCUGAAUUAAAAGACCAUAGUUCAGCUGUAUGGAAAGUAUGUUGGUCUCAUCCAAAAUAUGGAAGUUUAUUGGCUAGUUGUUCAUUUGAUAAGAAUGUGAUAAUAUAUAAAGAAGUGAAUAUAAAUAAAUAUGAGAUGAUAUAUAUAAAUAAUGAGCAUAUGAGUAGUGUAAAUUAUAUUGAAUGGUCUCCACAUGAAUAUGGUUUACAUUUGGGUUGUGCAAGCUCUGAUGGAACUAUAAGUAUUUUAUCUUAUUAUAUGAAUAAAAGUAGUAAUGAAGGAUAUUGGAAUAAAUAUAGUAUGAAAGCACAUCUGAAUGGUGUUGCAUGUUUAAGUUGGGAGAAGCCUUAUAAUAAUAUGUUAUUAAUGAAUAAAAAUAUGAAUGAUAAUAAUAUGAAUAAUAAUAAUAAUAAUAAUACUAACAAUAAUAGUAACAAUAAUAAUAAUGAUAUAAUGAAUUCUUUUAAAUUAGUAUCUGGUGGAUUUGACAAUCAAGUUAUAAUAUGGAUGUUUGAUAAUAAUACAAAAGAGUUUCAAAAAAUAUUUCAAAUGAAUGAUAAACCACAUAAAUCGAGUAUAAAAGAUGUAGCAUGGAAACCAAAUUUGAAUAAUUCAACAAAUAUUAUUGCAUCAUGUUCUGAAGAAAAAAUUGUAAUAUUAUGGAUAGAAGAUGUAACAAAUAAUGUAUGGAGAAAUGGGCAAGUAAUUAAAAUGAAUCAUAAUAUUCAUAAAUUAAGUUGGUCACCUAAUGGAACUAUAUUAGCUAUCGCUUGUUCAGAUGAUAAUGCAUAUUUAUAUAAAGAAAAUCUUGAAGGAAUAUGGGUAGAAGUAUGUAACUUAAGUGAAGAAAAUAAUGUUCAAGAAGAUAACUCUAUGAAUAUGAAAAAUAAUGAGCAAGAUAAUCAUAAUGAUAAUUUGCUUAACAAUGAUAACAAUAAUAAUAUGAAUUAUAUAGCAAAUGCCAAUGUAUCUACUAAUUCAUAUAUGAAUGAUAAUACAAAUACAUCUAAUUCGUUAAUAAAUCAAAAUAAUAAUUUAUCUCAUCAAGGACCAUAUCAAAAUAAAGACACAUUUAAUAGAUCUUCACAAGGAAAUUUUGGAGCUUACCACAAUUCAACACAACAACAUUCAAAUGUAAAUUCUAUUAGUAGUAAUAUGAAUAAUUUACAACCAGGUAAUACUGUGUCGAAUAAUGUAGUAAAUGGUUUUGCAAAUAAUAAUAAUACAAACCAAAUGAACGGACCACCUGGUCAAAUGAACGGACCACCUGGUCAAAUGAACGGACCACCUAGCCAAAUGAAUGUACCACCUAGCCAAAUGAAUGGACCACCUAGCCAAAUGACCGUACCGCCAACUCCACCUGCCUAUUUAACAAUGCAAAAUAAUAAGAAAAAUAAUACAUCCAACCUUACGCCUACUAUGAAUAAUAUACCACCCCCCACAGCUCCCCCCUUAGUAGUUAAUAAUUCAACUGGUGCACCCGGUCCAUAUUCUGCAUCAAACUUUUCAGCACAACCUCAUGGUGUUGCGGCUCCUUUUGGAGUUCCACCAGCACAACAACAAGUAGGAGGAAGUGUUACAAAUAUGAGUGUAUCAAAUGUAAAUAAUAACAAAUCUACUUUUGCAGGGCCUCCACCUCCAUUAUCUUCAACAAGUACAACUCCUAUUAUUCCAUCAGUUAGUUCAACGAAUUUUCCAAAGGCUUCUACAUCAUCAGUACAACAACAGGUUCAGGGUCCAUUUUCAAAUGUGAAUAUGUCAAGACCUAGUUAUGUAAUGAACCCACAAAUGCCACCAAAAUUUUCACAGACUAACAGUAACAAUAAUAAUAAUAAUAAUAUAAAUAAUAUGAAUAAUAUGAAUAAUAUAAAUAAUAGUGGGAUGAUGCCUCCACGACCAUCACAAUAUUCGAAUAAUUUAAAUUUUAAUUCUUUGCCAUCAUCGGUACCACCUCCUGCAUUUUCUUCCUCCCCCCAAGGAAUGCAGAAUAAAAAUAGCAUAGCGAAUAAUAUUAAUAAUAUUAAUAAUAAUAGUAGUAGUAAUAAUAAUUCUUUUUCAAAUUUUAACUCACAUAUGAACCAGGCAAAUAUGCCCCCACCCAAUCCUUCUGUUAUGCAUCCAAAUAAACCCGUGGGCACAACUUAUGGUGCGAUGGGUGGUGGUGGAUACAACGCCCCCCAUGCACCACCUAUGAUGAACGAUUCAAAUGUGAAGCCCCCAAACCAGCAAUAUGGAUACUCAAAUUAUAAUAUGCCACCACGACAAAAUACGCAUAUGAACAAUUGA